GAGAGAGAGCGGGAGUAAAUUUGUAUUUUGUAUUUGUGGGUUCGGAAUUUUGCUCAAAACUUGUUUAGUUUAUCCCAAACAGUACAUUUCUCCAGAAAGAGUAAAAUCAGAGUCAACUUAAUCAAGUUAUUUGUAUGGAAUUUACCAGAUUUUUAUUACCCAGUGUAUAUUAUCAACUGAUGUAGUAAGUAAACGUAUCCAAAGUCAUCUUAGGGUCCAGUUUUGACAAACAGGCUGUUCUUUCCACCCCUUUCAAAAUCAUAAAAAUUCCAGAGGGAAUUGUAUCCAUGACUGUUGCAAACUCUUUUGGGGUAACAGAUGGAAAAUGGCAUUUUGUUGCCAACUCUCCAGUCUGCCCUUCCUUUUCUGGAUCUCCACGGAACACCCAGAUUGGAGUUCCACCAGUCAGUCUUUGAUGAACUCAGAGAAAAGCUGAUGGAGCGAGUGGCUACGAUUGCUGAGGGCAAGGAGGAGGACAGGUAUGGGAAGCUUGAAGAGUUGUUGGAGAAAAGCUUUCCACUGGUCAAAAUGUCAUCCAUUCAACCGGUGGUGAUGCAGGUGCUUAAACAUUUACCCAAGGUACCUGAGAAGAAACUGAAGAUGGUCAUGGCUGAUAAGGAGCUGUACAAGGUGUGUGCUGUGGAGGUGAAAAGGCAGAUCUGGCAGGACAACCAAGCCCUAUUUGGGGAUGAGGUUUCACCGCUCCUAAAGCAGUAUAUUGUGGAAAAAGAAGUGGCUCUCUUCAGCAGUGAUCUUUCUAUUCUUCACAAUUUCUUCAGCCCAUCGCCAAAAAUGCGCCGUCAAGGCGAAGUGGUCCUGAAGCUGACCCAGAUGAUUGGGAAGAACGUUAAGCUUUAUGAUAUGGUGUUGCAGUUUUUGCGAACACUGUUUCUGCGGACACGAAAUGUCCACUACUGUACUCUUCGAGCAGAAUUGCUAAUGUCUCUCCAUGACUUAGACAUAAGUGAGAUUUGUUCUGUCGACCCCUGCCACAAGUUCACAUGGUGCUUAGAUGCCUGCAUCCGAGAGAAGUUUGUGGAUGGAAAGCGGGCCAGAGAGUUGCAAGGAUUCUUAGAUGGAGUCAAGAAAGGACAAGAGCAAGUCCUUGGGGACCUGUCCAUGAUCCUGUGUGACCCAUUUGCUUCCAACACCCUGGUGCUGACCAUCAUGAGGAACCUGCAGGAGCUUCUCAGCCAGGAUGCUUUACCCAGGGAUAGUCCUGAUCUGAUGUUGCUUUUGAGGAUGCUGUCUCUUGGUCAAGGAGCAUGGGAUAUGAUUGACAGUCAAGUGUUCAAAGAACCUCGUUUGGAUUUGGAGCUAAUGACCCGCUUUCUGCCUGCCAUGAUGUCAGUGGUUGUGGAUGACCACACUUACAGUGUAGAGCAGAAACUUCCGAGUGAAGAAAAGACGUCACUUUCCUAUCCUACCACUUUGCCAGAUGCCUUUACCAGAUACCUGCAGGAGAACAGAGUGGCCUGUGAAAUGGGUCUCUAUUACAUUCUUCACAUUGCCAAGCUGAGAAACAAGAAUGCCUUACAAAGGUUGUUACCUGCCCUAGUGGAGACUUACAAUGACAUGGCUUUUGGUGACAUUUUCCUUCACUUGCUUACUGGACACCUCACAUUGCUCUCGGAUGAGUUUGGAGGAGAAGAAUUUUGUUCGGUUGUUUUUGAUGGCUUCCUAUUGACGACUUUUUCCAGUAAAGAGAAUGUUCACAGACAUAGUCUACGUAUGCUGCUGCACCUGCACCACAAGGUGUUGCCUUCAUAUAUGGAAACGCUGAUGAAAACACUGGAACCGCCUAAACAGAGCAGCGAUCCAGUGAAGGAGCUAUACAGCCAACUCAUAGAGAAGCUUGAGGCACAGAAGAAGAGUCCUCCUGUGCCAGAGGAAACUCCAUCCCUGGAUAUCAGCCUGCAUCCCGUCAAUGUUCCCACCACUGCCUCUACUCCGACUACACCUCUGUGACAUAGAAGACGCAUAGAAGCAUUUCAAUUGAGACUGAAUGUAUAUAUAUAUAGCGACGUGUUGACUUGGAAAUAUACAUUUAAGCUUUGGAGUUUUAAAUGUUUAUUUGCAUGAUCAUUUCUAUUAAGAUUUCAUUGUAUGAAUGUUUCAGAAGGUUUUUUCAGCUUUUGAAUUUCUGCUUUAUUGUCUCCAGCUAUUUUGUAUUCAAGGGGGAAACCAGAACUCUUUGCAUCCUACCCCAAUCCUACCCCAUCUCAAAUGAUAUAAGAUAAUUCUGAUAUUUUCAUAUUAGCUUUUUUGUAUUUGUGUAUUUCAGUAGUUACCACUCACCAGUGUACAAAAUGUGAAUAAAUUGCAACACAUUUUGAGUGAGUAGUGUUAUUGAUAGGAUUACAUUGCCAGAGUAGACAAUAAACAAUGUCUCUUGAAGAAUUAUCUGCCAACAGUAUGCAGUGUUGCAAAUAAUUUUUUAUGUACCUACAAUGCAUCCAAAAAAUAUUCACGGCAUUUCAUGUUUUCCAAAAUUUGUUUAAAGCCUUAUUCCAAAAUGAAAUGACAUAAAAUAAUUUCCCCAUUUUAAAAUGCGACACUUAACACACCUCACUCUGUCAGCUUCGUGUCUAAACGGAAGCAAGCUCAAGUAGUACCUCUCUUUCCAAGUUAAGACACUUUUUUGUGAACUUGAUGAAUGUUGUUUUCUUGUCAAGGUUCCUAAAGGUUGCAAACAGUUUUUCUUAUUGCAGCUACUUUUAACAUGUUCAAAACAUCUUUGCGACAAAAGCAUCUGGUGACUCGAGCAUAACAUUGCUCGUUCGCCAACAUGCAGAUUUACCUACUGUAUGCACCAUGGAUGUAAACUAAAUAAAUACAAAUACAUUUUAAAUAAAACCAGUAAAAUCUCUAA